AUGGCCCCUCCCACAGAUGAGAAGCCCCAGCGGCCUCCGCUCGACUCCCAAGACAGCACACAUCCUGCGCUAAACCCCGCAAUUACCAACGUGCCCGUCACACCCGGCGUACAUCUCUCCGGCAAAACUGCCUACUUCGACGAGUCUACCACCGAGAAGACGAGCAACCUUCCCUUCAAUCCCGAGACUGCCACACCAGGCCCCCAAUGGAGCGCCAACUCAUACUUCUCUGGCCAGCAAAAAGAGGGCCAGGCGAGCACUCAGACUGAACAGGCAGCCGGCGCACAAACUGAUGGAGACGUCAAGAGCAAAACGAGCGAGGUACCCGACCCGAAUGCCAAGCACGACCUUGCAGACGUAGAUCCUCGCGCCGCACACCCUGGCUUGAACCUCAGCGGUCGCGUUAUCAGUGCGACCUUUGCCAUACCCUAUUCAAUUGGUUACUCACAGGGCAACGACUGGGAACUGAACCCGCGACGCGGAACCUCGGCCCUUUUCGACUCCUUCUCUUACCUGGCCUCCAGUUCUUCUCCAUGGAACCACGUGCUCGUAGGCUGGACUGGUGAGAUCGCGCACGCAAAGACAGCAUCCGUCACAGCUACGCAAGCGCCCAUGAACAAGGCCGCCGCGCCCAUUCCCGUCGAUCCAAAGAAACCGACACAAGUACCUCAAGCUCCAAACAGCUUCAGGAUAGGCCCAGACGAUCGAGCACGAUUGGAUAAACAGCUCGAACGCGAUCACGGAGGCAGGAUUGUACCAGUGUGGCUUGUCGACGAGGUAGAUGAUGGCAAAGAUGAAUACAUCCUGAAGAACCAGAGCCAUUGGAGGACAUAUGCCGAGCACGAGCUCUACACCCUGUUCCACUACAAGCAGAAUGAGCCAGCUGAUGGGCGCGCUGCCCGGAAAUCAUGGGCCGACUACUACCGCAUGAACAAGCUUUUCGCAGACAGGAUCCUCGAGGUCUACAAGCCAGGCGACAUCGUCAUGGUACACGACUUUUACCUGAUGCUCUUGCCAAGUCUCCUUCGCCAACGUCUACCAAACAUCUACAUUGGCUUCUACCUGCACAUCCCCUUCCCAAGUAGCGAGUUCUACCGCUGCCUGAGCAGACGGAAAGAGAUCCUGGAGGGCGUGUUGGGCGCCAACAUGAUCGGCUUCCAGUCAUACAGCUACUCGCGGCACUUUUCGUCUUGCUGUACUAGGAUACUGGGUUUCGAUUCGUCCUCCACUGGAGUCGAUGCAUACGGCGCGCAUGUAGCAGUCGACGUGUUCCCCAUCGGAAUUAACGCCGUCUCCACACAGCGACAAGCUUUUGGCGACCCGGAAAUUGAACAUAAACUCAAAGACAUCAGCGAGAUGUAUGCUGGCAAGAAGCUCAUUGUUGGGCGUGACAGGCUAGAUGCGGUUCGCGGAGUGGUUCAGAAGCUCCAGGCGUUCCAGCUCUUCCUUCAGAAGUAUCCCGAGUGGGUAGGCAAAGUAGUCCUCAUCCAGGUCACAAGUCCUAGCGGAGUCCAUACCGAUAGAAGUGAUGGCGCUCAGGAAAAGGUGGUCAACAAGAUCUCGGACCUUGCGGCCAAGAUCAACGGCACCUACGGAACCCUAGACUUCACCCCGGUCCGUCAUUUCCCACAGUACCUUUCCCGGGAGGAAUACUUUGCUCUGCUUCGACUUGCAGACAUCGGCCUCAUCACCAGCGUGCGAGACGGUAUGAACACGACAAGUAUGGAAUACAUCAUUUGCCAAAAGGAUAAUCACGGACCGCUCAUUCUGUCGGAGUUUUCUGGUACAGCGAGUUCCUUGCACAACGCAAGCCACAUCAACCCCUGGGACAUGGGCGGAGUUGCCGAUGCGAUCAACGACGCUCUAAACCAGAGUGACGAAGUUCGUGCCGAGACGCACGCUCAACUCUACAAUCAUGUUGUGCAAAACAAUGUCCAGGCUUGGUCGAACAACUACCUGAAGCGAUUGAUGACGAACCUGUCAGCUUUCGAUCAAGCGUUCGCCACGCCAGCACUGGACCGGGCUAAACUACUCUUCCAGUACCGUGAAGCCAAGAAGCGACUCUUCAUGUUCGACUACGACGGUACUCUGACACCCAUUGUCAAGGACCCGCAAGCAGCUAUUCCAUCCGAUCGUGUCAUCCGGACCCUCAAGACCCUAGCAGCGGACCCUGCGAAUGCUGUUUGGAUUAUAAGCGGCAGAGACCAAGCUUUCCUGGACGAAUGGAUGGGUCAUAUUCCCGAGCUGGGUCUGAGUGCUGAGCAUGGCAGCUUUAUGAGGCAUCCACGCAGUCAAGAAUGGCACAAUCUCACCGAGACGACCGACAUGAGCUGGCAGCAGGAGGUUAUUGACGUAUUCCAACACUACACAGAGAGGACCCAAGGCUCAUUCAUCGAACGCAAGAAGAUUGCCCUGACGUGGCACUACCGGAGAGCGGAUCCCGAAUACGGUGCGUUCCAGGCGCGUGAGUGCCAGAAGCAUCUCGAGAGGACUGUCGCAAAGAAGCACGACGUCGAGGUCAUGACGGGUAAAGCCAAUCUUGAAGUUCGCCCGAGGUUCGUGAACAAGGGCGAGAUCGCGAAGACGCUGGUAGAGAACUACGGCGAAGGUAGCGGCAAUGCGCCCGAGUUUGUUCUUUGCAUGGGCGACGACUUCACAGAUGAAGACAUGUUCCGAUCGCUGCGCCAGUCCAAACUGCCCACUGAUCACGUCUUCUCGGUCACGGUUGGCGCCAGCUCGAAGCAGACGCUGGCGAGCUGGCAUCUGCUCGAGCCUUCGGAUGUCAUCUCUGUCAUUUCGUUGUUGAACGGAUCCGCAGAUGCAGGCAAUGUUGGCGCGAUUGCUGUGGUCGAUGGCACGGUCCCGGAGUCUCGAGUAAUCGCAUGA